AUGCUAGAGGCCAACCUGAUCCUAGAGGCCAACCUGGCCAACCUGAUCCUAGAGGCCAACCUGAUCAUAGAGGCCAACCUGGCCAACCUGAUCCUAGAGGCCAACCUGAUCCUAGAGGCCAACCUGAUGCUAGAGGCCAACCUGAUGCUAGAGGCCAACCUGAUCCUAGAGGCCAACCUGAUCAUAGAGGCCAACCUGAUCCUAGAGGCCAACCUGAUGCUAGAGGCCAACCUGAUGCUAGAGGCCAACCUGAUCCUAGAGGCCAACCUGAUCAUAGAGGCCAACCAGAUCCUAGAGGCCAACCUGAUGCUAGAGGCCAACCUGAUCCUAGAGGCCAACCUGAUCCUAGAGGCCAACCUGAUCAUAGAGGCCAACCUGAUCAUAGAGGCCAACCUGAUGCUAGAGGCCAACCUGAUCCUAGAGGCCAACCUGAUCCUAGAGGCCAACCUGAUCAUAGAGGCCAACCUGAUCCUAGAGGCCAACUUGAUCCUAGAGACCAACCCCAGAGACUUAUGA